GACGUUCGAGGCGGAGACGUGGUACGGCACGAUCUCACGGCGGAUCGAAAAACGUUUGCCGCCGGACCCCGUCCAUGCAUUUUUCCGCGCGCGCACCGUCGUCGUCGUCGUCCGGACGAACGUGUUCGCGUUUUCGCACGUUUUCCGAUCGGUUCGCGGCGACCGUCGAUCCGGCGCGGGGAGCUAUCGCUUGUAUCAAUAUCGCGUUAUCCGUUAUCGGCGCGGACGGAACAAAGAACGGUUAGGUUUAUAGAUAAUCCUUUUAUCUAUUAUCAAUGAACCUUGAUCAGCGCGUGCCGACAUCGACACGACGUUGAUAACGGUAACAACAACAACAACAACGACAACAACGACGACGACAAUCCCGUCGGAACGCUCGUGCGUCCGUUCGCUGCCAACCGAUAAGAAAAGGUCGUGUUCCGAAAACUCGCUCGUCCACGCUCAACCGACGACGAGGACAAACGAACGCGCCAAUUAGCCGUCGUCGGCCGUCGGUUGUUCCGCCGCUCGUUUCCCGUGUGACCCCGUCACGUCGGAAGCGCCGACACCGUCCCAUGACGAACACUUCGCCACCGCCGGACAAUGACCGAGGCCGUCGUCGCCGUCUGAAGUGAACGCCUGUGCGGUAAAGACCGUCGGCGAAGUUUUAUCGCGAACAAACCCGCGCAUGAGUGCCGCGACAUGGCCGACGACGAUUGCGCCGACGGAAACCCGGGCGCCGCCGCAGCCGCCGCCGUUGACAAGCCCAGGGAAGCGCUGUCCGAUUGGAUACGUUGCGUGUGCGUGGUCACGUUCGACCUGGAAUUCGGCCAGGCCAUGGAACUCGUGUACCCGGACAACGUCAAGCUGUCCGAAGAGGACAAGACCAACCUGUGCUACCUCGCGUUCCCCGACUCCAAUUCCGGUUGCAUGGGCGACACGCAGUUCCACGUCAAGAUCAAGUGCGCGCAACCGUCGAUUCUCAGCCAGCGCCAUGUCAACUACAAUGCCAAGUGCCCGGUAUUCCUACAGGCCGACCACCGUUGUUUGUACGGGUUCGUUUACUUUCGCCAAAUCAAAGAUCUGUCUCUUCCGCGGGGUUACUUUCAAAAAAGUGUUAUUAUACUAUCUCAUUUGCCAUUCAUAAGCUUGUUUUCUGAAGUUUGUGGAACAAUAGCGCCUGAAUAUUUCAAACAUGGAAUUACUGGAAUUGAAGUUGCGUGGCAUGAUAUUCAACAGUGGCCAGAUUUAUAUCCAGGAGAAACAGUUAGUUUGCCAUUAUUGGGAAUUGUUCUUCAAGCUCAAUUGAUAUGUGAUAAUAACAAAAUAUGCAGUUCAUCAAACUCAAUGGUACCUGAUUAUCAGUUGCCAGUAGUUGUAUCAUCAUUAUAUGAACUAAAUACAUUCGGUUGUUUUUCAUCAAUCGUAUCACAAAUACAUCUUCUUUGGGAAUUAGUUUUAACAACUGAACCUAUUGUUGUAAUGGCUUCUUCGCCUACCUAUUGUUCACAGGUGGUUCAAGCAUUAGUGAGUUUAAUAGUGCCAUUGGCAUAUUAUGGAGAUUAUCGACCAUAUUUUACAAUACAUGAUAAUGAGUUCAAGGAGUAUAUGAGUAAGACUCUUAAUCCGCCACCUAUAAUACUUGGUGUAACAAAUCCUUAUUUUUCAAAAACAUUACAACAUUGGCCUCAUAUUGUUAGAGUUACUGAUACUCUUAAAAAAGACGCUCCGAAUAAAAGUAAACUAAGAAAAGGAUCAAAUCUAAAAAUUUUAGAUGCUAAACCUGGAGUGUAUACUGAGUAUAAACCAUACUUGUAUAAAGACAAAUCUAUUGUAAAGAAGCUACUUAGGGGGAUGCAAAAUAAACGUCCAGAAGAGGUGCAAUCGGCAUUAUUACGACGCCACUUUUUAGAACUCACACAGAGUUUCAUGAUACCACUUGAGCGGUAUAUGUCAUCGCUAAUGCCCUUACAAAGAAAUAUUUCUCCUUUUAAGGCGGCUCCUAAACCAUGGCCUUUUAAUCCAGAUAAUUUUUUAGCCAGUUUAGAAUAUGCUGGACCUCAAUUAACGUGUGGUAUAAAAGGAGACUGGAAAGGGCUUUAUAAGCAAUUUUUUAGAUCUCCAAAUUUCAAUGGUUGGUACAAUGUUCGUUACAAAGGAAUGAUGAUGAAACUACAAGUGUUGCAAAUCGAAGCUCUCUCUAGUGUGGAUAUUAACAAUUGGCUUGAAGGAAAACAAGAAGUAGAAAUUGUUGAUAUGAUACUAAAAAUUCGUCAGAAAUUGGACGAAUGUGAAAACAAAGGAUAUCCAUUAAAUAAAAAAAUCAAAGAUCAAUUAAAAUUGAAAAUGGAUGAUAUUAUUUGUUCAUUACCAGAUGAUUUAAAAAAUGUCUUGUCAAAUAAAAACUCAUCUAGCAGAUGAUAUACUACCAUUCAACAAAAAAGGUGGCUAGUAAUAUGUAAUCAUUUAAAAAAUAUCAACACCACUUCUAUAUUAAUUGUAAUUAUGUUUAUUCUUAUGUACAUCAGUUAUCUGUUGAAACAUUUAUAUCAUCCAUAGAAAUAUAUAUAUAUUAUAUGUUAGCGUUAAUACAUUAUUAUAAUCAUUCAGGAGUUGUUUGAUCUGUUAUU